AUGUGCUCCCAGUAUGAAAGCAUCCACCUCGGCCCCUUCUCCUACCUCGUCAACCCCAACGACCCCCAAUCCCUCUACUGGGAGAAUGUGGUCCAAGAAAGCGGAACCGCCCGCGUCUGCGCCCUACACAUCGACGUAUACAACUUCGUCGCCGCCAUCGGCAACGCCGUCGCCUUUGACCCUCUGGGCAACACUAUCGCCGAGAUCUCUGCUAGCGCUGAUAUGGACGAGACUCCGUUGUUGUAUGCAUCUGCGAACACGAGCUCUUUCAAUGCGAGAUGUAUGAUGUUGAUGGGCAUGCUUCUGGAGCGAUUGUCAAGGAGACUGUGGAUGCUUAUCCGGGGGAUAUUCCCAAGGCUGAGGGGGUUUGGUCCCGCGUAG